AUGCGUUUAAAAAAUGAAAAAAUGAAUAAUAUAAAAAAUAAUUUCAAGAGUGAUUCUACUGGUUUUAUCAUAACAGAAUCUCAAGAAAAUCAUAAUGAAGAAUAUGAAACAAAUAUUAGUGAAUUAAGAGAAGAUAAAAGAAGAAAAAAAAAAAAAAUAAAUGCUAAUGAUGAUUUUUCAGACAAUCUUGAUUUAUAUUAUUCAAGUGUACUGAAAAAUAAAAAAAUAAAAAGUAAAGAAAAUAAGGUAAAAAUUAAUACUGUUAAAAGUUCAGAGAACUUUUAUGAUUGUAUUGACUCAAAUUAUAUUUCUGAAAAUAAGUUACAAAAACAAACAAAUAAAAUAAGUAAAAAAAAAGAAUUACAUGAAAUUAAUAAAGAUAUUAAUGAAAAUAGUAACAGUGUUAAUGAUAAUAAUGUAGAUAAAGAAAAAAAUACAAAUGAAAUGUUAUUAAAAGAUAAUACAAGUAUUGAUAAAAAAAUGAUAUGCUCUAAUUUAAAUGAAAAUGAUCAAGUUAUUAUGAAAAAAAGAAAAAGCAAAAAAAAUCCUGAAACAAAAAUAGAAAAAAAGUUAAAAAAAACUAGAAAAGAAUAUAUAAAGAAAUAUAAAUAUAAAAAUGGUAUAGAAUAUAAUGAAAAUAAAAAAAGUAAUUUAUUUAAUAAUAAUAUAAAAAAGAAUGAUAUGGGAAACAUAUUAAAUGAAUUUUCAAUGAAUAAUAAUGAAAAAAAUACAAAUAAAGAAGCAAGUGAUUUCAUUGAUAAAAUAAAUACAAAUGAAAAUAAUGAAACAUGUAAUAAAAAAAAAAAUUUGAAUUUAGAUAAUGUUCAAUCAAAUGAAAAACCUUACUACUGUUCUAAUACUUUAGAAAACGAAUUAUUAGCUGAUACAUCUGAAAAAACAUUAAAUAGUUAUUGCAAUAUAGAUGUAGAUAAUUCUACAGAAAGUAUAUUAGGUAGCAUUUCAAAAAGUAAUAAUAAUUAUGAUAAUAUUUAUGUUAAUAAUGAAGUUAGAGAUUCCAAAUCAGAGGAAUUUAUCAAUCUAGUAAAGGUAGAUUAUAAUGAUAAUAAAAAAAAAAAAGAGGACAUCAAAAAUUUUGAAGGAAAACGAAUGGAAGAUAAUAUAAACACAGAAAUUCCAAAGAUAGGUAGUAGUAACAAUGUUAUAAAUGAUAGCACACAUAUAAAUACCAAUUUAGAAAAUAAGGAUGAUUUAAUAUCACAAACAAAUAUUCCUCCUGUUGUAGAAAAAAAAAAGAGAGGAAGAAAAAGAAAAAUACAAAAAAAUUUAGAAUUUUUAUCCAAUACGUAUAAAAAGACGAAUAAUGAAAAUGUAAAAUUACCAAAAAUAUACGUAUACAAGAAAGAGAGAAAAAAUGAGUCAUGUAAUAAUCAAUUAUUCGAAUUAAAUGAUGAUAAAUAUAUAUCAAAUAAUUUGUGUUCAUAUGAUAAACCUUUUUCUAUAAGAAAAAAUGUAAAUUUUGGGCAUAAUAAUAAUACAAUGCAAACUAGAAGAAAAUCAAAAGAUGUAAAAAUUAAAGAUGAGAAAUAUUCACCCUAUGCAGAUUACAUAUAUAACAAAAAUGGAGGAAAAAGAAAAUAUACUAAAAGAAAAUAUAAAAAGAAAUAUAUGGCAUCUAGUACCUACCCAACUGAUAUUUCAAAUAAUACAAUAAAAUAUAAAAAUAACAAAAUGUUAGAAAAUAGAGACAAACGACUUUUUCCAAAUGAAACAUUUAUGAAUAAAGAGGAAUUCAUGAAUCAUAUAAAUAAUAUUAAUACUAUAUUUAAUUUUAAUGAAGAAUUUUUAAAAUUUUUAUCAAAAGUAAGUAAGUGUAAAGAUAUAGAUUACGAUUCAAUGUUAUCAUUUUUGGGUGACAUUCAAAUUAAAUUAUCCGAAAAUAUACAUGAAGAAUUCUCGAAUGAAAUUCGUGAAUCUCACAAUGUAAAUGACACUAUUUAUGCUAUGAAUUAUAUAGUAGAUAUUUUAAAUAAUAAUAAUGAAAUUUUAAGCAAGUUAAAUCAGCUAGAAUAUAAGUUUUAUUAUGAUUAUUUAAAAAAUAAAUUGGAGGAAAAUAAAAUAAAUGGUAAUUUAAAUGAAAUAAAAAAAAAAAUACCAGAAAAUAAUUCAAGUAAUAAUGCACAAAGUAAUAAUGAAUGGAGUGAAUCUUUACAAAAAAAUAAUAUAGACUCUAAUAAAAUAAACAAAGAGGAUUAUGCAAUAACUAAUGAAAUGUGCAAAAAAGAUGAAAAAAUAAAUGAAUGUUCAUUUUCUAAAGAUAAUUUAUCUCUAUGUGAUAUUCAAAAUAAUAAGAUUUUAAUUAAUAAUUUUAAUUAUAAAAAAGAUGAAAUUGAUAAAAAUAAUUUUAAAAAUAACAUUUCAAGUAUGAAUAAUGAAAAUGGUUUUAAGUGUAAUAAAUUAUGUAAUGAAGAAAAUGAUGGGGAUAAUAAUAAUAAUAAUAAUAAUGAUAAUAUUACUACUACUACUGCUACCACUACUACUUCUACUACUACUACUACUAAUAAUAAUAAUAAUAAUGAUAAUAUAUUAGGAACAAUAAACUCAGAGUCAUCUAUGCAAAAUAAUACCGACCUUAUAAAUACAUCAAAAAUUAUUUUAAAUGAUUUACAUUUAAAUAAUACAAAAUUGGAGAAUAUAGAAAAUGAUGAAACGGAUAAUUUUAAUAAAAAUGAUAAUGAUAAGAAAUAUGAUAUUACGAAAAAAACAAAUAAUAUAGAGAGAGAGAAGAAUUAUUUUAAUAAUAAUGAAUAUAAAAAUGAAAGUUUGUAUAAAAUAAAUUAUCAGAAUAAUAUUGAUUUUGUAUGUGAUGAAUUAAAUAAAUUAAUAAAAGAAACAUUAAAAAAUGAAUGUUUAUUUUAUUCUAAAUAUUCAAAAACAAAAUAUGAAAAUGUAUCUGAAAAAAUUUUAUAUAAGAAUUAUAUUUCUACAAAAUUAUAUAAAAAUAAUAAUUUGACAAAUAGAAGAAAUGAAGAUAUAUGCCUAAAAUACCCUAAUGAUCCUAUUUAUGAAAAUAAAGAGGAUAAUAAUUUUUUAAAAAAGUAUAUAGAAUUUUUUAAAAAAGUUAACUAUAUUAAUAGUAAGAGUAAACUAUAUGAUAAUAAUGAUAAUAUGAAUAGUAAAAGUACAAUGAAUGGAAUAUUAAAUGCCAAUAACCAUUUUACCAAAGAUAACAUUAAUGAUAAUGGUCAUACAUUAUCUGAAGAUAAAGGUAAAAUGAAUGAUUUUAAAUAUGUACUUAAAUGUAAAUUAAAUGAUGAACGCAAUUUAAUGGAUAUAAAUAAAAGUGAAACAAUGUAUAGAGAUGAAAAUAAUAAAAAUAUUAUGAAAAAUUAUGUAAAUGAGCAAGGAAAUAUCAAUAACAACAUUUCUACAUCUGGUAAUUCAAAAAAUAUAGAAUGUCAUAUUAAAGAAAAUGAUUCUCAAAUAAGUAAUGAAUUAAAUAAAUAUGAUCCUAAUUUAAUUCUUAAUGUAAAAGUUGAAAAGAAUGAAAAAGAUGAUGAUAAUGAAAAAAAUAAAGAAUGUGAAUCCAGUGAACAAAGUAAAGAAAAUAAUGAAGAUAAAAAGAGUAAAAACGAAAAUGAAGAUAAAAAAAAAGAUAAUUUAACAAAUAUUUCAAACUUUAUUUCCUUCUUUAAAAUAAAAACAGGAAAAAAUGAAGAAAGAGAAAAUGUUGAAAAAAUUGAAAACAGUAAAAAUAAUGAAACUAAAAAAGAAAAAGAUAUUAUAGAUAAAAAUAAUACGAAUAUUUUAAAUCAAGGAAAAGAAGGUAUUUAUUCUAAUGUGAAUGAAAAUAGUUUUAUAGACGAAAGUAACGAAAAAAAGGAGAUAGAUAAUUUAAAACAAGAAAAUAUUUUAAUGCAAGAUAAUUUUUUAAAAAAUAAAUAUAAUGACACAAUGCUAACUAAUAAUUUUGGUAAUACACAAAAUGAUGAACUUAAAUAUGGCAACACUUUAAAAAAUGAUUUAUCUUUUAAGGUAAAUGACAAUACUGAAAGCAACUUUACUAAUAACAAUGAGAAAAAAACAUUUUUAGAUGAUAAAAAAAAAUUUAAUGAAUAUAAUUAUGAUACUAAAAAUAGUAUUGUAAUUGAAAACAAUUAUAAGGGUGAUAAUGAUUAUAUUACAAAUAUUUCUCAAACAGGUAUGAACAUAAAAAACGAAAAAAUUGUUUGUGAAAAAGAAGACCUUUCUGUCAAUAAAGAUUUAAAAAAAAAAAUUCCCAGUGAAAAUUAUAUUUUUCAUGAUGAGAUUAAUGGAGAUCAAAAAAUUGAAUAUGAUGCUAAUAUUGAAGAAAAAAAUAUUAAAAUAAAAAAUGUAUAUAUUGUAACUAAUAAUUCUGUUACAGAUGAUAAUGAUAAAAAAAAUUUGUGUGGUUCUUUUUUAUUAAAAGAGGAAUUUGAUGAUAAUAAAACAAAAUAUAAUGAUAAUAUAAGUAAUGAAAAUAACUUUUCAAAGUUAAGUAAAAAAGAAAAUGACACUAUGAUAAUAUACAAUGAAAAUAAGGAAUCAAUUGAUUGUUGUAAUUUAAAUGUUAAUAAUAGAUCACUUUCAGAUAACAUUAAUAUGCAUAAUAAAGAAACCAUAACUAGUUUAUUAAAGGAAACAUUUGAUUUAAAGUAUGAUGAAAUUAUUAAUGUAAAAACUGAUAAAUCACAGAAAGAAAUUUUAGAUUGUUUGAGCAUGAUAUCUAAAAUAAAAAAAGUAUUUUUUGAUGAAUGUACAAAAAUGAUUAAUAAUCAAAUAUAUCUUUUAGAAAAAAAUUUUAGAAUACCUAACUGUUCCUUAUCUAUAUUAAAAAAUUCAUUUGGAUAUAAUAGUAAUAAAUGA